GGGAGAGAAUAAUUCUAGACCACUGGAAUUGUGGUCAGAGAUUUUGUUAUUUCAUUAAUUGGAAGUCUUUCUGAGAGGAUAACUUGGCAAAAGUUAAUCCUGUUUAAUGGGAAUGAAAUGGAAUAUUAGAUGAACUGCCAUCAACAGGGAAAAGCCUCCCAAACACUGUGUGCGUCAACCUCGUUAUCACUGUGUUCAUCCCUGGAAAGUACGCCACCAAGGGCAGAAAGUUAAGACGAACCUUUUUACGGGAUUGCAUAAAUCCCAUAAAUCAGAAGAUUCUGCAAUAUACAGGAGCUCUGUGCAAUCGGCACAAAGACAUCCACAAUAAGAACAUCUGGAGGGCCUCACUAUCUCUAGAGAAUCCCUCUUCCAUUUGGACUCUUCAGUGAACACUGUCCAGUGCAAUAGGGACUGCCUUUGAAGAGAUCUCCUGGAUUCUCUCGUUCCUGCGGCAUUCCUGGGUCCACUUGCUCCCUUUCUCGCGGCCCCUCCUUCUCCGUGGAGACUUCUGCUAUCCUCAAGGAUGGCUACUCCUCCAGAUUCACAGGCCCCCAUGGAACCAGACUGCAGCCCAAGUUCUUCGGUGCUGGAGAAUGCACAGCUUCGUAAGCUGUUCGUUGGGAGGCUCAACCCGAACACUGACAAGUUUGGCCUCCGGAAACAUUUUGAGGCCUUCGGCAGUCUCACAGACUGUGUAGUGGUGAUAAACCCCAAAACCGGUCGUUCCCGCUGUUUUGGCUUCGUCUCUUUCUCCAGCAUGAAUGAGGCUGAUAGAGCCAUGGCCGCCUCACCCCAUUCAGUGGAUGGCAGCCAAGUAGAGUUGAAGCGAGCAGUGCCCUGGGAGGACUCUAAUAAGCCAGGGGCCCAUGCCCGAGUGAAGAAGAUCUUCGUGGGUGGCCUCAAAGAUGAUGUGGACGAGAGCGACCUGGUGAGACACUUCUCACAGUUUGGACCUGUGGAGAGGGCUGAGAUCAUCAUCAACAAGCAGUCAGGCAAAAGGCGGGGCUUUGGCUUUGUCCACUUCGUUGACCAUGACACUGCAGACAAGGCCGCCGUGGUCAGGUUCCAGCCUAUCCAAGGCCACCGAGUGGAGAUCAAGAAAGCUUUUCCCAAGAAGGACCAGGACUUGCGGAGCCUCGACGCAGGGAGCAGCUGUAACCAGAGACCUUCCAACCAAGCUUAUGCAGGGGACCCUGACGCCAAGCCUUCAGAGGAUGCUGACCUCAAACCUGAUGGAGACUCUGAUGCCAAAUUUGAUGGAAGUUUCAUCCCCACACUUGCCUGGGUGCCCUGCCUCAAACCAGCCUGGAUCCUUAGCCCCAAACCUGGCUGCAUCCCCAGUCCCAAAUUAGAUUGGGGUGCCAACCCUGAUCCUAUACCUAUGGAGGGCCCAAAUCUCAAACCUGUGGGGAGCCCUGACCCUAUACCUGUAGGGGAACCCAACCCCAAACCUGCUGGGGAGUCCUUGGCCCCUGAAGCCAAGCCUGGCACUGACCCUGCAUCCAACCCAGUGCUCACCUCCAAGUUUGUGUGUAGCCUCAGCCCAGGUCUAGGUGCCGAUAUCAGCCCUGAUGUUAACACAGGUUAUGGCCCCAAACCUGAGCCUGGCCCCAAACCUGAGCCUAACCCCAAUUCAGGCCUUGACCCCAAACAGGGCCAAAGCCUUAACCGAGGUUUUAUCCCCAUAUCUGGCCCUGGCCCAAGCCCAAACCCAAACCCAAACUCGGGUCUCCUUAGCCCCAGCCCAAGCCCAAAGCCAGGUCUCCCUGGCCCCAGUCCAAGGCCAAACCUGAGCCUUGGCCAGGAGAGUGGCCCCCGCCAUCAUAUCCUAAGCCAAGGCAACCGUGAUCAGAGUGGCCGUGAUGGAAAUGGCAUCCACAGUGGAGGGAGCGAGAGCCAGACCAGCAGCAGCCACAGGCAGUACCAAGCAGCCUUUGACCCUAUGGAGAGGCGUUGGGGUGGUUGGAAAAAUGGGGGAGGAUCUUCCAGAGGUGCCCACAGAGGUGGGGCCACUGGCUCUGGGGGCAACUAGGAAGAUUUUUUUGUUAACUAGCUGGAGGGAUUAGCAGUGCCUUCCGAAUCCACCUUUUGGGGCCCCUCCUAUUUCUUUUGACCCUUUGCUGAUCUGGUGUUCUCUGAAGUCACCUGCUCUUGCCCCUCCCCAUUAAGAUAGACUGCCCCCUUAAUAAAUUUCUCUGUUGUAGUCUUCAAAAGAAAAAGAAGAGAUAUCCUGAAAGCAUCACAAAACAAACAAGAGAUCACAGAAUUGAAUUAGUUGUCUUCUGGAGAUUGUGAGUAUGGGUGCUGAGGGAGUGUGGAAACAAGAAAGGCCUGACCCAAGGGAGCCAAAGAAACACUGUGGAGAUGGGAGAUCUACUUAGAGCCUGGGAAAUGCCUCAAAGUUGGAUGAAAAUGUUGAGUUUAGGGCCUUACACCAGAUAAUACUCAGAAUUGGAGGACACACACAAGGCAGUGGAUCGAAACAAGGUAAACAGUCAAGAGCAGUAAGGUUCUUGAUGCUCUGCAAUUCUGAUACCCGACUAUGAUAUCCUGUUUUGUAUCACACAGUUCAACUCGACCCUGCAUCUCCAAACACCCUUUACAGCUUCAUCCAGAUUGGCCUCCAGAGCUGCAGAUUUAACAUAUCGAAAAUGAAAUUCAUCAUAUCUCCCUGUCCAAGCCAACCCCUUCUCUGGGCUUCCUCGUUCUUGCCAAUGACCACAUUUCUCCACACAUUCUGGCUCUAAACUUCACAAUCAUUCUGAAUUCUUUCCUCUCACACCACACCUUAAUUAAUUGUCAAGUCCUAUUUACCUCUAUGAUAUUUCUCACAUACAUUGUUUUCUCCUGUUCUAGUCCCACUACCAUGCCCCAACUUUAGUUUCUUAUUAACCCUUGCUUGGAUUUUUUCCAAUAAAUUUUUCCUCUG